AUGAGCGGUCCCGGUGAGGAACGGUGGCGCGGAGGUCGUCCCUACGAUCAGAACCGUCAAUCGGGUCAAAGAAACCCUAACUCGAGGGCGAUCAGCGGACACAGCGGGAACCGUGGCGGACAGAACUCAAGCACUUGGGGCGAAUCGCGCGAAUCGUCGAACACGGGGCCAUCGCAGGAGCAGCAUGUUCCUGUGCGUGGGUUCAACGCGGCAGAGGCCAAGGCAGCUCUCCGGAAAGAACCCAGGCCGUUUUUCUAUAAACCGACAGGCAAGGACGCGGGCAACAAUCGUUCCGGGCCUUGGGGCGCAAAGCCCAACACGAUGGCGAACGGGAAGGACUUCUUCCUCGAGCUUCGAAAGCAGGUGACGACGUUGCGUCAGGGAGCCACUGUGCCGGGAGGUUGA